GUCCUCACUCCUCAGCCACCACCUCUCCACCUCUCUUUCUCUUCUCUUGCAAUCAACCACCACCUUCACAACGAACUGCUCCAUCACCGCCUUCGCAACGACCACCUCCACUGCCGCCUCACGUUGACCCCAUCGAUUUUCGGUUUCUGUUUGAUUAAGGAUGGGAUGGAAGGCGGCUCAAAAACUUAUUAGGAAUUGGAAGAUUCUGAGAGGGGAUAAUGUGAUGAUAAUUAGGGGCAAAGAUAAAGGUGAAACCGGCACUGUUAAGCGUGUGGUUCGAUCUCAGAAUCGUGUUAUUGUUGAGGGAAAAAACCUUGUCAAAAAACAUAUUAAACAAGGGCAAGGCCACGAAGGUGGCAUUUUUACAGUUGAAGCGCCACUACAUGUCUCAAAUGUGCAAGUUGUUGAUCCAGUUACUGGAAAACCUUGCAAGGUAGGAAUUCGAUAUCUAGAGGAUGGCGGAAAGGUCAGAGUUGCGAGAGGUAUAGGAGCAUCAGGGGCCAUUAUCCCUCGCCCUGAAAUUUUGAAGAUAAGGACCACACCAAGGCCUGCUGCUCCUGGUCCUAAGGAUACCGUGAUGGAAUUUGUGCUGGAAAAGACAUACAAUUCUAAGACCGGAGAGGGGAUGCCGAACCUUUAAGGGGGCCAAAUAUCUUUUACUUAUGCUACUAUUAGAUCAGCUAGGUGUAUCUGAUGGCCAAGGGAUUGGCUCCAUGGCAUUAUUUUCAUAAUGUUAAUGCAGUAGUUUCUCUAGAAUGUUUUGGGUUAAUAAUUCUUUUUUUUUAAAUUUUUUUUAUUGAUAAUUGGGUUAAUAAUUCUAAGGUAUCUUGCUUACACUCAAAAGUUCAUGCGAGUGAUUUGUUCUUUGGAAGAAUGA